AUGACGAUAAACAAGAGCCAAGGUCAGAGUAUCGACAACGUCGGAAUCUAUCUUCCAAACCCAAUUUUCAAUCAUGGACAGCUCUACGUCGCAGUCUCGAGGACAACAAGCCGAAAUGGAUUGAAGAUUUUAAUUGAUAAAUCAAAGGAUAUCGUGCCAGAAGGUUAUACACAGAAUGUGGUGUACAGAGAAAUAUUUAAAAAUUUGCAACAGAAACAAAAAAGAAGUAUGAUGCAAGAAAAGACGCCUGUUAUAAAUCAGUUGGGAAAAAAACAAAAUAAUGACGAGGAGAUAAAUGAAAGCAAUGACGAGGGUCAGAAGACUGAUGACGAAACGCCAAUGUUAGCUGCAGAUAGUGAUACUGAAAUGUCAAUGUUGGUUGAGAAUAGUGACGAUGAAAUGUCACUGUUUAUCAAGGAUAUUGACGACGAUGAAUAA